CAUUCACUUUCUUAGUUAUUUUUCACUGUCCCUGAGUUGUGACAAGGGAAUUUAUAAUCAUGAGAACUUUUUUGAUAUCAUGUGUUUUGGUGGCGUCCGUAUCUGCAGCUUGUAUGCCAGGAGGAUACUGCCCACUCGAUAAUGUUGACGCUAACGCAGUUGUACAAGAAAUGGCCCAGUUUGCGCUCAAUGCAUAUGCAGCCAAAUCACACGACGUCUCGUCAUGUGAUGGAACCUUUACAGUUAAACAUGCCAGUACACAGGUAGUUGCAGGUAUUAACUACAAGUUGACUGUAGAAGCUACUUGUGGAGGACAG